GGUGGGAGCCCGCGGCGAGGGCAGCCCGCGGCCGGACAAAGCAUGGUGGAUGCGGAGGCGGCGGCAGCAAGAACCCCGGCGGAGCCCCGCGGCAGCCUGGCAAGAUAUGAGAAAUGAGUGUUGGACGCAGAAGAUUAAAGCUGCUGGGAAUUCUGAUGAUGGUAAACAUUUUUAUUUAUGUGAUUGUGGAAGUCUCAAAGAGCGGCAGCCAAGACAAGAAUGCAAAAGGCCAUGUUGUUAUACCACGUAGCAACUUCUGGAGGAAAUACACUCCUCAGAAAGCUUAUUGGAACAAACAGCAACAGAAGCUUGAGCUGCUGUACAACCCAAUUCUGUCCUUGCUCUCCAAUAUGACUGUGGAGGAGAACUUAGUUUCUAAUCUCAGUGCUCUCAGUUCUUGUGACCCUGACCCCUUGGUGCACUCAGAGGUUAGUGACUUUGCAAACUUGCCAGACAGAUUCAAAGACUUCCUCCUCUAUUUGAGGUGUAGAAAUUACUCAUUGCUAAUAGAUCAGCCAAACAAGUGCAGACAGAAACCUUUCCUGCUGCUGGCUAUUAAGUCACUUAUACCCCAUUUUGAUAGAAGACAAGCAAUUAGGGAAUCCUGGGGCAAGGAAAUAGAAUCAGGGGAUGUGAUAGUCAGAAGGGUCUUCUUGCUUGGGCAGACCCCACCAGAGGAUAAUUUUCCUGACCUUUCACACAUGAUUAAAUUUGAGAGUGACACCCACCGAGACAUUCUCCUCUGGAACUACAGAGACACUUUCUUCAAUCUGACUCUGAAAGAGGUGCUGUUUCUGAAGUGGGUCAGCAGCAGCUGCACAAACGUCCAGUUUAUUUUUAAGGGUGAUGAUGAUGUUUUUGUGAAUACCAAUCAGAUCCUGGAUUACUUGAAGAGUUUAUCAAAGGAAAAAGCCAAAGACUUAUUUAUAGGUGACGUGAUCAAAGAUGCUGGACCUCACAGAGAGAAAAAAUUGAAGUACUACAUCCCAGAAAGCGUUUAUGAAGGUUCGUAUCCCCCGUACGCAGGAGGCGGCGGGUUCCUGUACUCUGGUGAUCUGGCACUAAGACUGAAUAAUGCAUCUGACCAGGUACUCCUCUACCCUAUUGAUGAUGUUUAUACUGGAAUGUGCCUUCAGAAGCUUGGGCUGGCUCCAGAAAAACACAAAGGCUUCAAAACAUUUGAUAUCGAAGAGAAAUACAGAAAUAACAUCUGUUCCUACACAAACUUAAUGUUAGUGCACAGUAGAAAACCUCAAGAAAUGAUUAAGAUUUGGACACGCUUGCAAGAUCCACACUUAAAUUGUUAAAGUAAUGUGCAUAAGUGUCUUAAGUCCAAAGAACUUUUCAAGUUUGGAUCACUGAAGCUCUGUCUAAUAGCUGAAUUUUCGCUGUAAACUUUUUCCUGUACUUCUGAAAAUGAGAGUUAAUAUUAAAAUUUGAAGGGAUGGCUUGAAGACUCGGUCCUGACUUUUCCACUGUUGUGGUGGUCGUUAUGUUUCAAUAUUGGUCUUAAUUUUAAAAAAACUUUGAUGCUAUAACUAGCUGUCAGUGACUGGUUAGCUGUACUGGAAACAGGGAUUUUCUACCACAAUGCAUCUUGCAUUAAUUGUGAUGGUGGAAGAUAAUUUUCCCUUGAGUAGUGUUUGUGUGUGGAAACCACUGCAAAUUGAAAAUACACAAAUUGGGGGAAUGUCAUUUUACUUUUAGGCAAGAUAGGCUUAUGAGACUUGAAAUUUUGAUUAUUUUUUUUUUUAAAUUUUAUUUAUGUUUUUCAGUCUUUUUGCACCCUGGAAUGUUUUUUUUUCCCUUUACUUACGAUCCUUUAUGCAAAGUGUACCUGUGUCUGAAGGAUUUAACCUUUUAUUAGAUGAAGUUUUUUUGGCUGUUUUUUUUUGUUGUUGUUGCUGUUUUGUUUUGUUUUUUAAAAGGCAUAGCUCUGCUGGAAAUGCCCCCUAAGAGCUUAAUGUGUAAGGAAAAAGAUGAGGUUUUUUUGGGGCUGGGCAGGUAGGGCUGCCCCAGCCUCAAGCCCACUUACUGAAGCUGACUUGUUGCUCAUGUUAUUUCUGUGGAAAGCUACUCUGGUGAAUCCUUGUUUUCUGUUUGGGCACUAAAUGUGAUCAGGUAGCUUGAUUUGAUGGAAAUGAUUGAAAUUGCACAUGGCUUCUUGAGGGCGUGGUUUGGGUCUCCUGUAAAGUGGCUGCAAAUCCAGAAUUGUGCAGAUCCCAAGAGCUUCGAAUUCCAAACCAAACUUUGAAGCUUGCAUGAAGCCUCAUGUAGAGUUACAUGUGUCCUCAAAACUCAGAUCUUCUCUAUUUCCACACCUUGCUUAUAAGAAUUACUCUAAAUAGUGGUCGCUUUCUUUGUAUAUGUAGAAGUGCCUGUCUAUUUAUUGUUCAGAUUGAAGACCAAAACACUUUCUUAAAUAUAUUUUGUGGAACAUUUUAUUUGUAUAGUGUUGUCACUCGGAUAUUUAAAUAGAGCAUGAUAUUUUAAAUCUGAGAUGUGUAACGUGGUAAAUAAAGCUAAUUGUUAUUUUUGAAUUUGAAAAAUAAAAUGUGAUUUAAAUAUU